AUGCGGUUGAUGCUGGCAGCGAUGCUGUGCUGCUGCUUCAUCACGCUCUCUAUCUCCAGUUCUAAUCUGGCUGUCGCACUCAUCUGUAUGACUAGCUGUCCACAUCACGGCUAUGGUGGUGAUCUGAAAUGGAAGACUGAGCAAGAAGGACUUGUGUUAGCCGCACAAAAUGCCGGCUCUCUACUCACCUUGGUCACUGGGAUGUGGGCCGAUCGUCUGAAUGGAAAAUGGAUGGUGCGAGUUGUGUUCGUCGCCCUGCUUCUGUGUUGCGUCGGCAAUCUGGUGCUUCCGCUGCUUGCCGCCGAAUCGUUCUGGUUCGCCGUUGCAGCACGAGUCGCCAUCGGAGCUUCUGACGCGUGUUUGAUGCCAGCCUGCAACUCGCUUAUCACCCGGUGGUUUCCUCAAUCAGAACGAGCUGCCGCCAUCGGUCUAAUCUCAGGUGGCCGUCAAAUCGGAACUUUAUUCAUUCUACCAACUGCCGGUUACCUUUGUACGAGAAAGGACAUCUUGAACGGUUGGCCUGCAAUAUUCUACCUCUCGGCCUGUAUAUCGAUACUGGUCACAGUGUUCUGGAUUCCAUUUGGGGCCGACAAACCUGCGAAGCAAUGCUGUAUUUCGGGACGAGAACGUGAUUUCAUUGAGAGCAGAAUCGCCUGUGAGUCGAUCGGGAAGCGAACGGACCGCUCGAGGAGGAUCCCCUACCGGGCAAUGCUGCGCUCGCCGGCGUUGUGGGCGUCGAUCUUCGCUCUCGUCUGCCACGAAUAUCCACUCGUUAUCAUGCUACAGUUUCUUCCGAACUACAUGCGUGACGUACUCGAAUUCGCUCCCACGCAGAAUGGUUUUAUAGCUGCGUUGCCUAUUCUCUGCCUUUUCCUUUCAAAGACGCUCUCUUCAUCCUUCUCGUCAUACCUGGUCACAAAAAAGAACAUGGAUAAGACCAUGGUUUGCAAGGUUAGCACUUAUGGUGAUAUCCUAAUAUUUUAUCGAGCUUAUGAACUGGUUUUUGGGAAUGUUCUUCCAUUGACUGAUUUACUCCUGCAGGAAUUGCACAACUUUUUUUCCCCUAGCUCAUCGGUCCCUCCGUAA